AUGCACCUGCACACUCAGAUGCACGUGAUGUGCCUGUACACUCAGAUGCACGUGAUGCACCUGCACACUCAGAUGCACGUGAUGCACCUGCACACUCAGAUGCACGUGAUGUACCUGCACACUCAGAUGCACGUGAUGCACUUGCACACUCAGAUGCACGUGAUGUACCUGCACACUCAGAUGCACGUGAUGCACCUGCACACUCAGAUGCACGUGAUGCACCUGCUCACUCAGAUGCACGUGAUGUACCUGCACACUCAGAUGCAC